UGUGUUUUCAAGCACUACCCAUUGUUGCGAUGUCUCUAACAUGCCAAUACUUAUUGACCACUGGGUGUAAAAUUACAUACGAACAUAAAUCUCCUUGCGUGUCCCAGUGAAAAGGGAGUGUAUUCAAAGUAUGCACCCUUAAGGCUAAAUUGUUGUUUAAUAUGCAGAUUAGUCCAUUGUUGUUGUCUACAGAGAACAGAUAACAACAUACAAAGACACAGAGAAUGCCGGUGUCAUCACAAAAUACGGCUCCAACGAAGACUGUCUUCUGAAAAGUUAAGGUCUUGCAAAGUUCUAGUAUUUGCUUGAAGCCAGGUGAAUCUUGCAAAUUGUUGUUCAACCCAAAGCUGAUCGAGGACAAGACACUGACUGUGUGGCUUACAAACAUCUUACAUCUUAAAUACACAGGGCUAUCGACUGUUUGUACAACACGACAAAAUGUCCAGCUUGCUGACAAGUGUUCUUGUCCUCCUGUUGGUCAUUCUUGAGGGUCUGAAGACAACAGGAGCUUCCUGUGACUGUUCUGCUUUGACUUGCCGUUGUGAAGGGCUGAGCCUCACCAGCAUUCCACAAAACCUACCCACGUCUAUAACUUCCCUGCACGUGGAGUAUAACAACCUUACGUCUCUACAUAUGCAGGACUUCUUAAGAUAUAGAAACCUGUCCAGCCUAUUCCUACCCGAUAAUCGUCUGUUCACAAUCGGGAGUCGUGCGUUCUACCACCUGACAAACUUAACGUCCAUAGACCUUCGCUGGAACAAGUUGACCUGUCUUCAAACUGACACCUUUGUUGGGCUUGGUAGUCUACGGGCACUGAAUAUUGACUACAAUGACAUCAAGAGUAUCGAGGAAGGAACCUUCCGCGAGUGUCCUAGACUCGUACACUUGCUUCUUGGAUCUAACCGUCUCGCGUCGAUCUCACCAGGCAGUUUCACCGGUUUGAACCAACUCGAACUGUUAGAUCUUUUCUCCAACCAGAUAACGUACAUUCAACCCGACACAUUCUCCAACCUACCCCAGCUUAAACAUCUGUACCUGUAUCAAAACGGAAUAACUCAUAUCCACCCCGAUACAUUCUCGCAUGUCUCACAGCUCCAGCUUUUGUCCCUGUUCUCCAACAAGAUAGCAGAGAUUCAGUCCGGUACAUUCACCGAUCUCCCCAAACUUGAGGAAUUAGAUCUAGACUUUAACCACAUCACUAACAUUCAGGCUGGUGCAUUUUCAAACCUUCCACGACUUGAGUACUUGGGUCUUGGGCACAACCAGAUGGAAAUACUACCCCUAACAAUCUGUCACGAACUCUCGUCUGUCCCGACUUUAAUCCUCAACAACAACCCCUGGCAGUGUGACUGCAGAAUAGUGUCCUUAAACCUGCAUACGCAAAUAUGUGGGUCUUGCUCACCCGAAAUUGUCAAUCAGAUUACUUGUACAAAUCCUGGAGGUUUUCAAGGCCAGAAGCUGAGAGAUAUCAAUGUGACAGUUCUGAACUGUACAGAGCUUGGGCGACCAAAUUCUGCUACAGGACAGCAAGGACAUUGCCCCUACUCGUACGUGUUCAAUCUUUUGCUGUCAGUGAUUUUGAUGGAAACGUAGACUCAAUUUUAUCUUAAACAAAGUUAAAGGGCUUGAUCAAGUUGAUGUUUGUUAUACAAAAGACUGUAUAUUUAAAUACACUGGUCUGGUGUGUAUAGUACAUGUAUUUCAAUUUUCAUUGACCAAAGUUGGGAAAUGCUGCCAUGCUGCCAGUAUCACAAUACAAAUUAUAUAUUACAUGAUUGUAUAAGUAUAAAAAUAGAUCUAUUACUUAAAGGCAUAUAUUCAAGUGCAAUACACUUUUAGUGUGGUGAUGAUAUCUUGCAAUUAUUAGAUCAAGCAUUGCUAUAAGGUGAGUUUAAGACAUAACUGGUAAACCUGUAU